AUGAGUAAACGUAUAGCUGCAGGAUUUAUUAUAUUUCGACGUUUGGAACGAAAUCCUAUUGAAUAUUUAUUAUUACAAACAUCCUAUGGUGAACAUCAUUGGACACCACCCAAAGGUCAUUUGGACAAAGGUGAAUCACCAUUACAAGCAGCUCAACGUGAAACACAAGAAGAAGCUGGUUUAGAUAAAAAUGAUUUAGAAUAUUAUAAUAAAUUUGAAGAAAAAAUUACUUAUGAUGUUAAUGGACGACCGAAACAUGUAUUUUAUUAUUUAGCUUGUAUACGAAAUGCUCAACAAAGUAUUAAGUUAUCUUAUGAACAUCAAAAUUUAAUUUGGUCAAAUUUACAAGAUGCAUGUCAUUUAGUUAAACAUAAUGAAAUGCAAAAUGUAUUACGAAAAGCAGAAGAAUUUAUACAAAAUUAUAAAAAAUAA